AUGAUGGAUAUUUUCCAAUUCCAAACUCUCAUUUCCAUCAUUCUUGCUCUCUCAGUAGGUGUCUUGAUUUAUCGUUUGAAGAGAACACAUAGUGGUCAUGAAAAGAUCUGCAGUGCACCUCAAGCAGGAGGAGCAUGGCCUAUUAUUGGCCAUUUACACCUCUUUGGGAGUCAUCAACAUACACACAAAACACUUGGGAUGAUGGCUGAGAAACAUGGACCAAUUUUCACAAUAAAACUUGGUUCAUACAAAGUUCUGGUACUGAGUAGCUGGGAGAUGGCCAAGGAGUGUUUCACUGUCCAUGACAGAGCCUUCUCCACCAGGCCCUGUGUUGCAGCCUCAAAGCUAAUGGGCUACAACUAUGCCAUGUUUGGCUUCACUCCUUAUGGUCCUUACUGGCGUGAGAUGAGGAAAUUAGCCACUAUUGAGCUUCUGUCUAACCACCGACUUGAACUGCUGAAGAGCACAAGAACAUCUGAGUUAGAAGCAGCAACAAAAGAUCUUUACAAGUUAUGGGCAAGAGAAGGUUGUCCAAAUGGAGGGAUUUUGGUAGAUAUGAAGCAGUGGUUUGGGGAUUUAGCUCAUAAUAUUGUUCUGAGAAUGGUGAAAGGGAAGCCAUACUAUGGGGCCAGUGAUGAUUAUGCAGAAGCAAAAAGGUACAAGAAAACUAUGAGAGACUGCAUGAGUUUGUUUGGGGUGUUCGUGUUAUCUGAUGCUAUUCCGUUUCUAAGGUGGUUGGACAUUAACGGAUAUGAAAAGGCAAUGAAGAGAACUGCAAGUGAAUUGGACCCUCUGGUGGAAGGAUGGCUAGAGGAACACAAAAGGGAAAGAGGUUUUAGUGUGAACGGAAAGGAAGAACAGGAUUUCAUGGACGUCAUGCUGAAUGUUCUGCAGGAUAAAGAGAUUUCUGGUUAUGAUUCAGAUACCGUUAUCAAGGCUACUUGCCUGAAUCUGAUAUUAGCAGGAAGCGACACCACCAUGAUUACUCUGAUAUGGGUGCUGUCUCUGCUACUCAACCAUCAAAUUGAACUGGAAAAGGCCCAAGAUGAAUUAGACACGUAUAUUGGGAAGGAUAGGAACGUGGAAGAAUCUGACAUAACGAAGUUGGUCUACCUCCAAGCCAUUGUCAAGGAAACUAUGCGCAUGUAUCCACCAAGUCCCCUUAUCACCCUUCGUGCAGCCAUGGAAGACUGCACCUUUUCAUGCGGUUCUCACGUUCCUGCUGGCACACAUUUGAUGGUGAAUGCCUGGAAGAUCCACCGGGAUGGUCGUGUUUGGAGUGAUCCUCAUGAUUUCAAGCCUGAAAGGUUUUUGACAAGCCACAAUGAUGUUGAUGUGAAGGGUAAAAACUAUGAGUUUGUCCCUUUUGGUUCUGGAAGGAGAGCAUGCCCUGGGGAUUCGCUUGCUCUGCGUGUGGUGCACUUGACCUUGGCUAGAUUGUUACACUCUUUCACCGUUGCUUUACCUUCAAAUAAAGUUGUGGACAUGACAGAGAGCGUAGGACUCACAAAUUUAAAAGCAACCCCACUUGAAGUUCUCCUAACUCCACGUCUAGACACCAAACUUUAUGAAGACUAG